AUGGCAAGCAUCCCACGAAACAGCGAUGUUUCCACCGUCCUCUGUCGACUGGCGCUACACUCCGUGACUUGUUUAAAUGAAAAGGACUUCGACUUCACGAGUCCCAACGGAUUAGAGGUCGCGGCUUGCGUUGCUGAGGACUACCGAUGCAAGGUGGAAGGGAUGGAGCCUGCGACGUGGAAGCAGAUGACCAUGGCAUGGCGACACAUGUACGGAAAUCCGGCUAUGAGUGGUCCGGAUUGUUACUUUGAAGUGGAGAAUAUGAGUGCUUUGGUUGAUGAGAGGAAAGGUACUACUCUUGUGUACUUCAAUAUGCGAUGGAUGCAGGGAGUCCCAAUCACGGAUUGGGUGGUGGAACAUACGUGGAAGAGAAGGACGGAUAAAAAGUGGGUGCUUGUGACCUCUCACUCGGUUCAAGGCAGCAAUGUGAAGCAGGGUUAUGGAUUCUGA